CUUCUUUUUCACUUAGUGCCUAAGCUGUGGUCUCUUUGAUUCUGAGUAUUUGUUUGUUUUAAAAGCAAUUCACAUUGUUUUUCUGACCUGUCCUGCAGGUCAGUCGAAUGAGACCCUAAGAGAGGGGGUGAGAAUGGGGUGGGACAAGAGACGUGAAGAAUGGAGACAAGACAAUUCUGAUCAAGUCUCCAUUUAUUGUUCUUUAGGUUACAGCUUAUAAGGAGUAAGAAUGGGCAAUUUGUGGGGGAGGAACAGGUUUCAGUGAAAAUCACAGAGCAGGUCAUUCUAAAGGAAGUUCUCAAAGCAGGAGGAAAGUCCUCAUAUUAUACCUUCCAAAUCUAAAUGGUUGAGCAAACCAUUUAGGAAACAACAUCUGCGGUCCAGGGGUAAAAAAUCACCAUGCCAUGCUAGCCACAAUGUGCCUCAUGGAUUUCAAGCAGGCAAGAGUCAAACAGCCAGUUUAUGGCCCCACACAUUUUUCUAAGUGGCCAGGCUGGCCACCAUUGAAAUCUGCUGAUAUAUGUCUUUGAACAGUGCUGGCUCAGUGGAGCUGAGGGUAGGUUGGCCAGUCCAGCUGGAUGUCCUCUGUGGCUGAGCUGGAUGGUGAGUGUCGAACGGUUCUUGAGUUGGGUGUGAGGAUUAAAAUUAAUAAACACACAGCACACAGGAAACUUUUUAGAGGUCCAGACUAGAAAAAAGGCAGACUGCUCUAGCAAGUCUCAAGUCUGCCUCCUCCUCUGCCUCUAGCCUUCUCACCACUUUAUUAUUUGAGGAGUUCCUUUAGCCAGUAAAACAUCUCAGAACAAUGGGUUAAUUUGUACAAGGAGCCUGAGGAAGAGGUGUAACCCUCACCAGCUAUCCCACCUGUUGUCACAAACAAAAGGAGAUGGACUUGCAAGUUCUUCUCUGCCAUUAGUAAAAGGCCUCCUAAAAGCCAUCUCUCUGCUGAGAUUUAAAUAUCAAAGCAGGCCAAUGAGUCUGGGCUCCUGAUAGACACAGAGCCAGGAGAUCUGUUGAAGUAGGAACUCUAUUUAUUAAAUUAAGAAGCCCCUUUUAUAGGUUUGAUCAAGGGGCAGGAUUAAGGAAGUGAGGUAAGAUAACGUAGAGGGUGAGGUUAAGUGGUGUAAGGUGAGGUGGGCCAGUGACAAAACUCCAUGUAACAGUUACCAAGCAGGGUUAAUUUUAAGGCGGAUAUGCUGAAUCACUUUUGCCUGGAAGUGGCGCCUCUUAAAUCAGAAGCUAAAGACAGGUCUCCAAACUUGAGCCAGGCUCAGGUAGAUGCAGCAGGCCUUAUCAGGCCCAACAGAACAGCAUAGGGUUCUAAAGCAGAUAAUUUUGUUCAAUGUCUGUAGGUCCCCUGUGGGGACUUAGAAUGUUCAUAGCAUUAAUCCUUGGCAAUCUUCAUUGGUGUUAUCAAAACCCAGGUGUUUUAAUGUUACCCCUUGAAUUUGUUGUCCUUUUACCUGGUAAUAGCACCUUUGAGUCUUCCUAUGAAAUCAGCCUAAGGCUCAGAAGGACCUUGUAUGAUUUUUACAUGAGUAGAACUGUAGUCAGGUUUGAGGGUGCCAUGUGUAGCUGAGAUCACCAUGGGUGUGUUGAGGGGAUGGCUCACUGCAUGGCAGAGUCCCUUUAAGCUUUUAGCUGUAUGGCAGAGAUCCCUGUGAUUGCUUAGAGCCAUGUCUGGCCCUUGGUCUCUCUUGGUCUUCUUGUUGUUGCUCCUGGGGGUUUCAUGGUGAUCAGGAAAAUAAUGAGGGCAGGUUAUGGGGGAAUGGAGAAUGAUUCCCUCAGGGAGGAAAACUAUGUGACUAGAUGAAAGUUCAACACCUCUUUCACUCCUACUCAGCCUGAGUCUCUGACUACCCCAAAUGCUUUAAGAAAUGUUACUUUAUCUGAACCCACUAAAGGUUCUUUAAUGUGUCCUGGUGAUUGUAUUCUGAGAGGCACUGAUCCCAGGAAACAUUUUUUGGAUAAAUGGUAUGAGGGACUUAGUGGUACACUAGACACAGGAAGCUGGAAGAUCUCUGAUUACCCGGAGCAAGGCUUAAAGUCUACACUUGUGCCUAGAAUAGCUGGUGCAAGAUCAAAGGGGCAGGGGGAAGGUAUGCUUACAAUUAAUUAUAAAAUUGCCUGCAGUUAGGUCUAAGUUUCCAGACUAUGCAGACUACUGGUUGGCAGGAAGAACUUGGUAUGCACCCAGAGGAAAGAAUUCUGUUAAAAGUGGAAUUGUCUUGACUCCCUCUCUGCCAUAUACAGGGGAACGCACAGAAGGAGUUAGGAUAGUACAGCAUCAUGGAAAAGGAGUAGAAUAGAACCAUCUUCCUUUGGGAAUGUACGAGCAGAGCAGGGCUGGCUUGUAGACCUAAGGUACAGAGGAAUGUGCUUCAGAAUGAAUGCUUAGUGUGCUAGAAUAGGGAGCAGCUUGUGCAUUAGGCCUCUUAAAGAAUAGAAUAACUCUGAGAUUUGUUUCUCAAGACUCGGAGUCUGGCAGGUUAUGCCCCGAAAGGGCAGUCUGACAAAAUAUCUUAACUAGUACAGAAAGACUUAGUCAUUUGCUAACCUCAGGGGCCAGCUGUUUCCUGCCAGACCUGCUGAGAGGGGUGGAGCUCUUUAAAUGUAGGGUUGAUGGCCUGUGAGUAACUUUUGUUCCCUGGACAUGGAAGGAAGAAGUGGGAAUCAUUGUGAGGCAGUCUUGAAAGUUCUUGGAAAUUGGUUAUGUAAAGCCAAGCUGCACAGACUUUGCUGCACAAAAUGGUUUUAUUAGUGAAAAGAAAAUGAAAGAUGUUCUUUGUGUGAGAAGGCAGAGAGUGUGUGAUCAGCAUGUCCCUGUGUGUCUCCAUUUCUCCCUUGGAGACCCCGCACUUCCUCAGAAACUGAAUCCUGCUGGAGCUGGACUCUGGCAUCAGAUCCUGAGACACUUAGGGCCCUAAGGGAGAUGCUCCUGUCACUCAGACCGCAGUAGCCAAUCAGUGCCUCCAGAGCGACCCGCCAGCCAUAACGGGGAGGGCACUUCCGGUCGGUCUUUCUUAAAGCUCAGCUAAGGUAUGGAGGGAGCCUGAGACAGUUCGGUAAGCUGCGCUGUGAGCCCCUGCAGCGAACCGAGGAGAGCGGGGCGAGCUCGGAGCCCGCGCCAUGGCUGCUGUGUCCUAUGAGGAUGUGCAUGUGAACUUCACUCAUGAAGAGUGGGCUUUGCUGGAUUCUUCCCAGAAGAGUCUCUACAAAGAUGUGAUGCUGGAAACCUACUGGAACCUCACUGCUAUAGGCUACAGAUGGGAAGACCAGAAUAUUGAAGAACAUUGUCAGAGUUCUAGAAGACAUGGAAGGUAUAUUGUCUGUCACCCAAGAUACAAGCCAUUUGAGCAUAAGGGAUAUGGAACGAAACAGUGUACCUCUCCUCCUACAACAGUUAGAGGAUAUAUAGUAGUCCCUGCUAUGAGUAGACUUCAUGAAUGUGAUAUGAGUUUACAAGUCAUUGGUAUUGCAACUACAGUGGGAAUACAUCAACAAACUCACCCUGAAGAAAAGCCUUACAAGUACAAGGAAUAUAGGAAUUCUUUUGUUAGUCCUAGUUCACUUUGCACUUGUAGUGUGACUCACACUGUAGGAAAAUGUUAUGAAUGCAGUCAGUGUGGGAAAAAUCUAAGUUCUUCCAGUUCUCUUCAAAGAUGUGAAAAAACUCAUAUGGGAAAAGGAAGUGAGAAAUAUGAGCCAUGUACUAAAGGCUUUAACCAUCACAGUUAUCUUCAAACUCACAGAACUAACACUGAAGAGGAUCCCUACAAUCAAUGUGACAAAGCCUUUGGAUCUGAUUCCACUUUACAAUUACAUCAAAGAACUCAUUUGAAAACAAAGCCCUAUGAAUAUAAUCAAUAUGAAAAAAACUUUGCACAUCAUGGUUGUCUUCAAGUACAAAGAACUAAUAAUAGAGAGAAACUGUAUGAAUGUAAUCAGUGUGGUAAAGCCUUUACAAGUCGCCAUAAUCUUAAAAUACAUGAACGAAUUCAUACUGGAGAGAAACCCUACGUGUGUAAUCAAUGUGGUAAAGCCUUUGCACAUUUCACUAGUCUUCGAAAUCAUGCAAAAACUCAUACUGGAGAGAAACCUUAUGGAUGUAAUCAAUGUGGUAAAGCCUUUGCAUGUCGCAGUAAUCUUCAAAUACAUGAAAGUUCUCAUACUGGACAGAAGCCCUAUGAAUGUAACCAAUGUGGUAAAGCCUUUGCACAUGUCAUUUAUCUUCAAAGGCAUAAAAGAAGUCAUACUGGAUACAAACCCUAUGAAUGUAAUCAAUGUGGUAAAGCCUUUACACAUUCCAGUCGUCUUCAAAAACAUUAUAAAAACCAUACUGGUGAAAAACCCUAUGAAUGUAAUCAAUGUGGCAAAGCUUUUGCAAGUCGCAGUAAUCUUCAAACACAUGAAAGAAGUCAUACUGGAGAGAAACCGUAUGUAUGUAGUCAAUGUGGAAAAGCCUUUGCAAGUCGCCGUAAUCUUCAAAUACAUGAACGAAUUCAUACUGGAGAGAAACCCUAUGUGUGUAAUCAGUGUGGUAAAGCCUUUGCACAUUUCACUAGUCUUCGAAAUCAUGCAAAAAUUCAUACUGGAGAAAAACCCUAUGGAUGUAAUCAAUGUGGUAAAGCCUUUGCAUGUCGUAGUAAUCUUCAAAUACAUGAAAGUACUCAUACUGGACAGAAGCCCUAUGAAUGUAACCAAUGUGGUAAAGCUUUUGCACAUGUCAUUUAUCUUCAAAGGCAUGAAAGAAGUCAUAUUGGAGGCAAACCAUAUGAAUGUAAUCAAUGUGGUAAAGGCUUUAUACAUUUUGGUGGUCUUCAAAAACAUUACAAAAACCAUACUGGAGAAAAGCCCUAUGAAUGUAAUCAAUGUGGUAAAGCCUUUACAAGUCGCAGUAAUCUUCAAACACAUGAAAGAAGUCAUACUGGAGAGAAACCGUAUGUAUGUAGUCAAUGUGGAAAAGCCUUUGCAAGUCGCCGUAAUCUUCAGAUACAUGAACGAAUUCAUACUGGAGAGAAACCCUAUGUGUGUAAUCAAUGUGGUAAAGCCUUUGCACAUUUCACUAGUCUUCGAAAUCAUGCAAAAAUUCAUACUGGGGAGAAACCUUAUGGAUGUAAUCAAUGUGGUAAAGCCUUUGCAUGUCGCAGUAAUCUUCAAAUACAUGAAAGUUCUCAUAAAGAAGAGAAACCCUAUAGAUGUAAUCAAUGUGGUAAAGUUUUUGCACAUAUUGUUUACCUUCAAAGGCAUGAAAGAAGUCAUAUUGGAGAUAAGCCAUAUGAAUGUAAUCAAUGUGGUAAGGCCUUUAUACAUUUCAGUCGUCUUCAAAAACAUUUAAAAAAUCAUACUGGAGAGAAACCCUAUGAAUGUAAUCAGUGUGGUAAAGCCUUUGCAAGUCGCAGUAAUCUUCAAGCACAUGAACGAACUCAUACUGGAGAGAAACCGUAUGAAUGUAAUCAAUGUGGUAAAGCCUUUGCAAGUCGCCGUAAUCUUCAAAUACAUGAAAGAAUUCACACUGGAGAGAAGCCCUAUGGAUGUAAUCAAUGUGGCAAAGCCUUUGCUUGUCGAAGUAAUCUUCAAAUACAUCAAAGUACUCAUACUGGAGAGAAACCUUAUGGAUGUAAUCAAUGUGGUAAAGCCUUUGCACAUGUCAUUUAUCUUCAAAGGCAUGAAAAAAGUCAUACUGGAAGCAAACCUUAUGAGUGUAAUCAGUGUGGUAAAGCCUUUGCAAGUCGAAGUAAUCUUCAAAAACAUGAAAGAAGUCAUACUGGAGAGAAACUUUCUGGAUGUAAUUGAUGCAAUAAAACUUUGACAUGUCAGUGUAACCAUCAGACUUGUCAAAGAAUUCAUACUGGAGAGAAACCCUAUGAAUGAAAUGAGUGUGAUGAUGCCUCUGCAUGUUACAGUUUUCUUCAAAGGCAGGAAAGAAUUUUUACUGGAGAGAAAUACAUCAGUUUAAUAAAUGCAAUUGAGCCUUGCAUAGCAGACACAUUUUUCCUGCUGAGCAAUCUCACUGUUGUUCAUUUAAGAUUAGUAGAAUUAUUUUAUCAAUAAAAUAUUGCCUUGUUUUCAAAUUGUAUACAAAUUGUCAUUCAAGAACAGAAGUACACUGAACAAUUUGAAUAAUAAAACCUAUUGGCAAAUGAAAAUGAUAUUUAUACUGCCAUCCAUUUUUAUGGGUUAUGUUCGCUUAUUCUGAGGGAUAAAUACUUAUUCUUAACAUUUUCUCAGAAACACAAAUGAAUAGCAGAGAAUUGUCUCAGUGGGUAAAGGUGGUUUCUGCUAAGCCUGAUUUUAUUCUCCGGGAGAGCUACAUUACUCCUACAGGUUUUACUCUGACCACUACACUUGGGUUGUAUGCACACUCACAGCCCAGCACAUAUAUAAAUACUUUUGAAACUGAAAUGAGUGCCACUACAGUCACUUGCCAGGUUAAGACACUUUCUCCUAAACUUGACUGCUUUGCUUUGAUCUUUAGUACUGACAUAGAGACAGUAAAGAAUAGACACCUGUAAGUUGCCCUCUGCCUUGUACAUGCAUACCAUGGCAAAGGUCAAGUUUUUUAAAGAAAUGAAAUUAAAAAAGCAUAGAAAAUAACCAAAAUAUUGAAAACAUAGGAAACAAUUUACCAGUUGAAGUUAAUACUUUGUAGCAGUUCCUGAAGUGUUACCGUUCAAUAAAAUAAUAAUUGUUCCCAUUUAAAGCUUAUUUGUCUCUGCUUCAAAGAUGUGUCAUUUUUUAACAUAUCUCAGUUGGGUGCAGUGGUUUAUUUUGGAGAGAUGCAAAUGGAUCUCUUUUAGUUUGAGGCCAUCUUGGUCCACAUGGUGAGUUCUAGGACACCCAUAGCCAUGCAGAGCAAUCCUGUCUCAAAGAAACAAAAAGAAUAAGUAAACAUAGCACAUAUCACAUUAUGGAGUUUUCCUAGUAUACUGUGGACUCAUAUCUACUCAACUAAAUCCUUCCUUGUCUUUGCCUGAAUGAAGAGAACAGCGUUAGCAAUGACAAUAAGUAAUGUGCUGAGUCCAUUUACAGAGGAAUAGAAAUCCAUUCAAUACUUUGAUGACCAUGUCGUAGAGACUUUGAUCACAUACAAGUGAGAGAAGAUGUAGGACUAAUGGGGCAUCUUCAUCUGCUAUAUAAUGACAUUUGGGUGAUGGACACUUGCCUCAGUGGUACUGCUUCUGUUAGGUACCCCAGUUUUGUUUUUAGAAUCCACAUCAGAUGGCUCGGAACUACCUGCAAUUCCCGGUCCAGGAGAUCUGAUACAUUAUUCUGUCUUCCUUGGGCACCAGGUAUGUAAAUGGUGUAAAGAAAUACAUGCAUUUUAUAUAUUUUUAUAUGUUGUAUAUAUUUUAAUUACUAAAAUAACAAACUUGAAGAAAAACCUUUUAAAAAUAUAGAGUCAGGCUAGAGAGAAUUGUAUAGCAGCUAAGAGCACUGUCCGUUCUUCCAGAGGUCCCUGAGUUCAAUUCCCAGCAACCACAUGGUGGCUUACACUGGGAUCUCAUUCCUUCUUCUGGCAUGCAGGUGUUCAUGCAGAUAGACCACUCAUACAUAAAAUAAAUCUUUAAAACAUAUGGAGUCAUUUUCAUAUAUAUGGUUUAAGGACAUGCAUGUGCUUUUGUGUGUGUGUGUGUGAAUACAUAUUGUAAAAAGGGCUUUAUGUAUUUUUUUCUCUAAAUUUAAAUAAAAAUUUAAUUUAGGUGUACAAUUGUAACAGUGUUCUGGAAUGGGGUCAUGUGAGAAGAAUUCUGAAUGUGUGAGAACACACCAAGAAUACAAGAAAAGAUUCUUGUGAUCUCAGUUUCUUCAAAACACAGAAUUGUUCCUGAAAUGUGUUUCUGUGCUCCUCCCGGGUAUAGUGGAUAAGAGUUUUGUUCAGAUAAGUCAUUAUUGCUUGCUGUUGCUUUUCAAUUAAAUGUUAAACUAACCUUUAUGGAAAAGCUUGUUUUCCAUGUCUGGCUUGUCCUACAGCUUGAAGUCAUGAAAACUUGACUCAUAUGACCUUUCUUAACUCUCAGAAUAUAAAUAUGUAGGGCCCUGAAUAAAGUUGACUAUUUCUUUCAUAA